AUGGUUUAACCCGCUGAGAGCGAGAGAGACGCGGAACACAAAGGGAGCGCAUACACUAGUCGUUUAGGGAGGGGGAUAAUUGGGUGCAUGAUGUAAACAUGGCAUAAAAAAAACCUGCAAAGGCUUCAUUUCAGUUUUCUUUCGCACUGGUCCAUUAUUGGCGUUUAAUAUUAGGUGAGGCACCGGCGAACAACCGCGCGUCUGUCUGGACAACGAUAGGCAGAUAGUGAUUGAGAAAUUGAAGCCAAGUGUGGAGGAGAAGAAAGAGGAGUUGAGCAUUGUUUUAUCUCCUCUUCGGGGGUUUGCUGGAGUUGCUCGCUGGCUUUGGACCGAACCUCGUCCACUGAGGCGUGAUGUUGGCUUUUGCGGGCUGACCGAGGCGACAAGUGCAGCUCUCCUCCGCUUGUUUUCAUCUGCUUCUGGACUCAAGAAUGACAAAGAAAGACCACGCCAGGAUGUUGAAUUUCUGAGGAAGUAUCCAUGGGUGAGGCCCACUGAUCCAGGAAUCCCUACACACCCCUCCUCCACCCCUUGCCCCUGCCCUCCUCUCUUUGUCCCUAAACCCUGCCCACUCCACUUCAGCCAUCAUGACUUCCACCAGCCGGCUGCUGGGUUUGGCUGAGGUGGGGCUCAAGUGCGACCAGGAGAUUGAGAGGAGAUACGAGAUUGUGCCCUCAGUGGUCUGCUCCAUGUGCUGCCUCUUUGGAAUCAUCUAUUGCUUCUUUGGCUACCGAUGCUUCAAGGCCGUGUUGUUCCUCACAGGCCUAAUGUUUGGCUCUGUGGUCAUCUUCAUGCUGUGCUACAAGGAGCGGGUUAUGGACACCCAGCUGAGUGUAGAGGCGUCCGUGGGCAUUGGCCUGGGCAUCGGGACCCUCUGUGGCCUGGUGACCAUGUUGGUUCGCAGUGUUGGACUGUUUAUGGUGGGCCUCCUGCUGGGGCUGCUGGUUGGAGUAGCAUCACUGGUGGUCAUGGAGGAGUUCUACCACCCCAGGACAGUGUGGGUUCCUCUGGGUAUUCUACUGGGUUCUGGGACGCUAUUUGCUGUCCUCACUCUUCAGUGGCAGCGAUGCUUCGUCACCCUCUCUACUGCCACGUUCGGCUCGGCCAUCAUCACCGUCACCGUGGAUUACUUUAUAGAGCUGUUUGCCUUGGUACACUACGUCUAUGAGAGACUCAGGGUGGCUCCAAAGAAGCCGGUGUGCUGGUUUACUUGGGUCAUCAUGGGGGUGUGGCCCGUCCUGGCCCUGCUGGGAGUGCUGAUCCAAUGGAAAGUCACCGCUGAGGGAUUUUCUCACACAGAAGUGGUUUUGAGUCGGCAGCAGAGAAGGGUCCAGCUCAUGCGGAUCAGGCAGCGGGAAGAAAGGCUGAAAAAGGAGAAGGAGACCAAGAAGAAGAAGAAACGACAGACGCAGAAGACCGGCGGCCUCAAGCAGAAGGCCCACACCCACCACCACCACCACCACCACCACCACCAGCCGUACCACCACCCGGCAGCGUCGCACCCCCACCACCAGACCCAGAGCUCUCAGCCGCCGAAAAUCCCCCCGCCUCCGCAGACUGAACCCGGCUACCACCGCAAGGCCAACCCUAAAAGACGCUUUGAUGGAGAUGUCCUGUCGCCGAGCUACAUCAGGAGCUUCAGGGACAGACAGACCGACAGACGGGCUUACUCCCACAGUCGGAUGAUGAGCCGCUCCCGGAUGGCCGAACUUGACUACGACUGCGGCUCUCAAGUGCCACUCACGGCCCCCAGCGGACCCCCGGUUCGCAUCUGAGGCAGCAGAUUGCACACAUCCGCACACAAUCGCAGGCUACUUCAAAAACACUCAGUCAGUCGGUUAGGGAUCGGAAGCCCAACCUUUACCGUGCCAACGUGAUGAACUGCCUAUUAACCCGACAGGAGCUCAGUUUGUCCGCGAGCCACUCCGGUUUUCUCCUCUCAGGCCUGUUAAAGGUUGUAUUUAUUUGUUCAGUCUCACUUUAUUCUUUUUGGACGUCAAAUUAUGAAGGAAUAGACUUUUGUUGGAAACGGCAAGGAUUAUGUGUCAUCUCGUGCUGCGCGUGUCUCCUCUGUUAUUGUAUUUACCGGGAGGGCACUGCAAAAGAUGGACCUGUCCCGCGUGGAAUUAAGUCGGCUGUCUCUGUCGAACGUCUGAUUUGAAGAUUUUUGUCGGUUGCCUCAAGCCAUAAGAAGCAAUUUCCAGUAGAGGGGAAAGAAAUGUCAAAACACCGCUUCCAUAGGAGUGCUACACCAAGUUGGGUAAAAGUGCAUCACACGACAUCCAGCUAACAGUACUUUUCAUAAACCUUUACCGGUAUCUUUACUUGGAAAGUAAUUAAAGGAUGAACUGAUUUGCUUUAAGGAGACUGAUAAGAGCGCUCUGAGGAAAAAACAGCACGAAAAAAAAAAAACUGCAACUCAAAGGCAGCUCAUGGUUUUCUCCACUGAAAGGUCACCAUAUGCAGCCAAGUAUUCAUGAAGUCAGCGUUUUAUCUCCUCUGACAGCCUGCAGAUCCAGGCCUGGCGGCACAACAAGGCCUCCGCCGCUUCGAGAUGCACAUGUGGACCAGUUUGAGGCGUGAAUGGGAUUCAGCGGUUCACGCCAAAGACAAUGUUUUGCGCCAUCUCUCUUAUGAGUUAAUGUGCCGUUGCCUGCGUUGUUGCCAUUUCCCAAGGAGAAUGAGUUUACAUCCAGUCACUUUCCUCGGACCCACGAUCGCCAAUCGUUCCAAUUGCGGACCUGAGCGGAGAGACGCAUUCCUCCCCUCUUCUUUCCUUUAGAUUUCAAACAUUUGUGCAAGCUGUGCAAUUAUAAUUGUCGACAUGUUUCUAAGUGCUUCAUGUCCCACCAAUUUGGAAUUUGUCGUGAAAUCUGAGUGCGACUGUAAAAAUAUUAGAACGGUGUGUUUGUGUGUGUGAGUGGAAACAUGCACCCUGUGGCUGAUGGAUCAUACCACUAGGAGGGGGGGGGGGACAUUUUAAUGUAUGUGGAACAUGCUGUGUUUCCUCUCCUCUGUCUUUGCCAGUAUUCUGCUCCAUUUAAAAAUAACAAUUCCUUUACUGUGGAUGAAUGCAGAGUUAAGUGAUGAGGAGGAAGAAUAUCUCCUGCAAAAGAUUAAACAAGGAGGAGAUGAAAUCAUCUGCAACUGGCGCCCUCUAAUGUUUACUGCUGGACCUUUUCAUUAAUGAGCGUGCAGGUCCGUGUGUACAUGCAUUUGUGCGUUACUUGCUUUGAAAGUCAAAUGUGCUCCUUACAUCGAUAUUGUUGUACUAAACACGCAGCCAGGAGAGGGAGUUUGAGGUUAAAUGUUACUAUGAAAAUACAAAUGAACGAGUCAAUUAUACAAAAGUGAAGAAAUGUAUUGAACCUCCAGCCCACUGUGGCUACUUGAAUUGUGUGUUUCAUGUGCGUUUUUGUAGUUUUUUUUUGAAAAUUUUAUUUCUAAGGUUUGGGCGAACAAAACUGUACUUCAGUUUUAAGGUGCUGCCAAAACCUGGAGGCAAGGUGGUGCUGGGAUUUUUGUUCUUUGUGACUGGAGGACCAAACCUUUUCAUGGUAACCCAUUACUGCAUGAGAAUCCUGUGUCAUUGUUGUCACGUGGCAGCCUCACAUUUCCAGUUUACGUACUGAAUGAGGUAAAUCUUGUGGAAAUGCCUCUUCUCUUCUCUUCUCUUCUCUUCUCUUCUCUUCUCUUCUCUUCUCUUCUCUUCUCUUCUCUUCUCUUCUCUUCUCUUCUCUUCUCUUCUUCUGGUAAAGGGCUUUUUCUGAAAAGGCAUCUGAAUUGCUCUCUCUCUGACUCGUAUCCUGCCUGUUAAGUCACCUUCCGUCCUGCUGUAUAGUGUUAUUCCAAUAAUGUUUCACAGUGGUGGCUGUUUUAGUGUUAUUUUGGUUCUGCUUACACUUCACUCCUGUUUUGGUCACCUUUUUUUUUUUUUUUUUACUGUAGUGCACUUGGAACAUCAUCAGUCUUCUGAACACUGACCCCUUUCUUGCUUGUAAGAAAAAAAAACGAAUACUACUUUUACUAAUCUCCUUUUUUGUUUGCAUUUCCUUUCUCCUCUCCUGUUAUUUUCUCGUGAUUGCCUGUCGCUGCAAAUGAAAUACAUUUUGAUUGUAGAUAUUGACAUGUACAUAGUUUUUAAAUGUACAAAUGCUCGACUCCACACUUUCAUGUUUACGUGUGUAAUACAUGCAGCUGGUUAUUUUUUAAUGGAGUCGACCUGUUCCGUUGUGAUACUACCUGUAUGUUCAUUUGGUUUUAUUUUACUGGGUGUUGGAUGCACUUCUCAUUCUGGUGUUUCAACAUGUAAUGAUGAAAUAAUCAGGCAAACUGAGCCUUGACCGCGAUUCAUCAAUAUCCAACCACCCACUUUAAAUUUAUACAAUUCACUUGCAUAUUAUUAUUAUUAUUAUUAUUAUUGAGCAUGGAUUUAUAUGGACCUAACAUAUGAUAAACAUUGUGAUUCUACAA